AUAAUGGACUGGACGGACGCUUCUUCAGGAACAACAACACGGAUACUAUUUCAACCACCUGGGUAGCUUGCUAGACAAGGUAAAACUGAAAGAUUGACGUUUUAGGCCAUGUUAAUAUACAUUAGCUAAUCGCAGUGUUUAAAACACAUUUCAGUUGACGUUAACUUGAACCUAAUGUGCUUGUUCAAUUUGCAAAUGUGUUAAAGAUUGAUACUGAGCCCUGCACUAGGCUAUUCGCUAAUGCUAACUAGCUAACUAACAUCCCUGACAAUGAGCUCAUUAAACUACUCAUCCCCUGCUAAAGAAGAGGAUGUCUGCUGUCCGGAGAAAGAAGCUCUGGCGCUGAACAUUGUCGUGAAAGAUGAAGAGGAGAAUAUUACAGUGAAAGGAGAGAAAGAUGCUCUGGCGCUGAACAUUGUCGUGAAAGACGAAGAGGAGGAGGAUAUUACAGUGAAAGGAGAGAAAGAACCUUUCAGAAUGAAAAAGGAGGAAGAGGAGGCUGUUAUAGGGAAAGAAGAGAAAGCAUCCUCUUCCUCUCUAAAAGGUUCUAUCUCAGUAAAGGUGAAGGAGGAAGACGUUUUGGGAGUGAAAGAGGAGGAGACAGAAUAUCAGAUUAACACCAGAGAGAGACAUGACUAUCGUGGGUCCUCUGGGGAGCCUCAACAACAUCCUGAUGCUGACGAGACAGAGAAGAGUCUCUCCAGAUCAGAACACCAGAUGGACAACGCUAGCCCUUCCGCCUUCCCGGAGACCCUGUGUCGUGCCUCUCCUGGUAGCACCUUACUGCUGGGUAUGAAGAGGUUGUCUGUGCUGCUGGUAGACUGCAGGAAAACAACGGGGCUGAGAGGAACUGUGAGAGGAGGAGAAGAGAAGAAAGGAUCGGAUUUGACACAUCAAAGUAAGUGCUGUAGUUUAGUUUGAACAAAUAAAAUAGAUCUGCCCAUUGGAAUCUCUUCCCAAUAGGGCUGUCCCAGACUAAUACAAAAACAACUUUGCACACUCUUGGUAUUCUCUCAACCAGCUUAACCUGGAAUGCUUUUCCAACAGUCUUGAAGGAGUUCCCACAUAUGCUGGGCACAUGUU